CACUCAAAUUAGCGUUGUUUUAACCAUCCUGUAGAAGACGAAUAUGAUGCCGAACAGAAGUAACCUCUCCUCCUUUCAGAAUGUUGGAUCAGAUGCCAGUAAGAUUAUGGCAGAGUAUAGCCACACACAAAACCAGAUGGAAUUACAAAAUGCUAGUUUGGGAAAGGGUUCUGUGGCGAAUUCCCUUGAAAAUGGUCUCCAGGAUAUUAUGGAAAACCUCAACCCGAAGAAAUAUUCAUCAAGUCUCAAAUUUAAAACAAACGGGGACUAUGCUGGCUCGUAUUUAACCCUUUCACAACCUAUGCCAGUUAAACCUAAUCCUUCCUCCAGUGUUAAAAAUACACACUCUAUUACCAAAAUUCAGGGAGGCAAGCAGUUCCCCUGUGAAAGCCCAUAUCUUCCAGAUAAAAGCAUCUCUGUAAAGCAUUUGGGUUCUGUAUCGGGCACGUCUCCAUCCCUCAGUGGGUACAGUUUAGGAAGGACAGACUUUGAUAUUCAUGCCAGCAGAGAAAAUGAAAAAUCCCUUGGACACAUGGAUAAGUUUCACUACUCAAAGUACAGUCAGAAAAACAAAUCGUAUGACAAUGUCUACUUCCCAGGAAUGCUGGAGACGAAGAAGAUCUCGGGUUCUCUUAUGUCCAUGUGGAAUGGAAGCUCGGGGAACGAGCUGAUGUUUUCACCUGCUAGCAAUUCGGGGGCAGCCAGCAUGCCUUCUAGCCCAAAGCAAGGCAGGAGGAUGAAUAUUGAAGACAGCCUGGCCCUUCACAUAAAACCAGUUAAGCACAAGGAUGUGAUGAUGGAGACUCUGGGUUCACGGCCUAGGAAAUACUCUGGUGGAUCUCUAAGUCAUAUGGGAAUGUACAGUCGUUCCCUACCCAGACUUUAUAAAUCAACAGAAAGCCAGCUGGUGCCAUUAAGUUUGCCCCCCAGAAGCUCUCUGGGUAAUACUAAAAGGAAAAAAGUUGGAGAAAAAGAUCUACCUCAGAAUGCUUUAGAUGCUGAUAAUUACCUGAAUUUUUCUUCUUGCAGCUCAGGGGUUUCACCACAUGCAAACUCUGUCUCUGGGAAUAAUCCCUACGUCAGUUCAACUCUUAGCGUUCCUGCAAGCCCUCGAAUUGCUAAAAAAAUGCUUUUAGCACCUUCUUCCCCAUAUCUUUCCGAUGAUUUCGAUAGACUUGGACUCUCAGGAACCAGUCCCAGUAGUUCUUUCUCCCCAGUGGAUUUUGACAAGUCGUUCUCUGUCCGAAGAAACCUUUCCACCAGUUCCAUGGAAUUUGAUGACCCAGAUCUGGAAAAUUACAGACAGACGCCAAACUCACUCCAAAUGUCCAUGAGAGAGCGGAAGAACAGCAUUAGCUCCAUUUCAGGAAGAGAAGACCUCAUGGACUACCACAGGAGGCAGAGGGAGGAGCGGCUUCGGGAGCAGGAGAUGGAACGGCUGGAACGACAGCGGCUGGAGACAAUCCUCAAUCUGUGUGCAGAAUACUCUAAAUCUGACAGCGACCCCGCUGCAGCUACAACAGUUGCUGAUGUUCAAAAAAUUAACAAAGAACUCGAAAAACUUCAGCUCUCCGACGAGGAUUCGGUGUUCGAAGACUCCCAGAUGAAUCUGGAAACGAGGUUCAGAAGCCACUUGAAAUCAUCUGCAAGCGAUUCGGAUUUCUCGGAGCUGAGCAGCCACAGUCGCGGCACUGCUGCUUUCCUCUCCUCUAGAGGGUUGAGAGCCGACGAGCACUUCAACGAAAGCACGAAGGCUCCACCUUUCUCUGCUCCCGGCUUCCUGAAGGAUGCCACCGAAUCGUCCUACCUAAGCAUCACACCAAAGAUACCAGAAUGCACAAGUGAUGAGCAAAGAGGGCAGGAGCUUGGUCGACUGGAGGAGGAGCGCAUAGUAAUACUAAAUAACUUGGAAGAACUUGAGCAGAAGAUCAAAGACUUAAAUGACCAGAUGGAUGAAUCCUCGAGAGAGUUGGAUAUGGAAUGUGCCCUUUUGGAUGGGGAACAGAAAUCUGAAACAACAGAGCUGCUGAAAGAGAAGGAAAUAUUGGAUCAUCUAAACAGAAAAAUAGCUGAGCUGGAGAGAAAUGUUAUUGGUGAAAAGACAAAGGAAAAAUUAAAACUUGAUGCUGAGAGGGAAAAACUAGAGAGGCUUCAGGAGCUUUACUCCGAGCAGAAGACGCAGCUUGAUAAUUGCCCUGAGUCCAUGAGGGAACAAUUACAGCAGCAGCUGAAGAGGGAUGCUGAUCUUUUGGACAUAGAAAGCAAACACUUCGAAGAUUUGGAAUUUCAGCAGCUUGAACAUGAAAGCAGGUUAGAUGAAGAGAAAGAAAAUCUGACACAACAGCUCCUGCGUGAAGUAGCUGAAUAUCAGCGCAGCAUUGUCAGUAGAAAGGAAAAGAUUUCUGCUCUCAAGAAACAAGCCAAUCAUAUUGUCCAACAAGCUCAAAGAGAACAAGACCAUUUUGUAAAAGAGAAAAACAACUUAAUAAUGAUGCUGCAAAGGGAAAAAGAGAAUCUCUGUAAUCUGGAAAAGAAAUAUUCCACACUUUCCGGAGGAAAGGGAUUUCCUGUCAGUCCCAAUAGUCUAAAAGAGGGCUAUAUCAGUGUAAGUGAAAUUAGUGAGCUGUAUGGCAAUUCCACGAAUAUAUCCCCUUCCACUCAGCCCCCCACAGAUGCUGAAGCAGUUGCCACUGAGCCUUCCACGGCUGUGCUGACGAGCCAGCCACAAAAUAAAGAGCAUUUCAGAAAUCUGGAAGAGCGAAAGAAGCAGCACAGGGAAUGCAUGUACAUGAGUGAUACUUUACCUCGCAAGAAAACAACUCCGUCUGUAUCACCACACUUCAAUAGCGCUACGCUUGGACGAAGCGUUGCAUCUAAAGGACAUUUACCAUUAGGACAGAGCAACAGCUGUGGCAGUGUACUUCCUCACUGCCUGGCAACCAUGACCAAAGAGUCAGAAUCAAGAAGGAUGCACAAAGGGUAUAACCAUCAGCGUAUCUGCGAAAACCAAAGGCAGAAGUCUCCUGAAUUCUACAGCAGAACAGCAUCCGAAUCGAAUGUGUAUUUGAAUAGUUUCCAUUACCCAGACCGUAGUUACAAGGACCACGCCUUUGAUACAUUAAGCUUAGACAGUUCUGACAGUAUGGAGACAAGCAUAUCGGCAUGCUCACCAGAUAACAUUUCCAGUGCUAGCACUUCAAAUGUUGCAAGAAUAGAAGAGAUGGAGAGACUUCUGAAACAAGCGCAUGCUGAAAAGACUAGGCUGCUUGAGACCAGGGAACGGGAGAUGGAAGCUAAAAAACGAGCUCUGGAAGAAGAAAAGCGCCGCAGAGAGCAACUGGAGAAAAGACUGGAAGAAGAAACUAGCCAGAGGCAAAAAUUAAUUGAAAAGGAAGUGAAAAUACGUGAGAAACAAAGAGCACAGGCCCGUCCCUUGACUCGCUAUUUGCCCAUUAGAAAGGAAGACUUUGACCUACGAAGUCACAUUGAAACUGCUGGUCACAACAUAGAGACCUGUUACCAUGUCUCCCUCACGGAGAAGACCUGCCGAGGCUUUCUGAUUAAAAUGGGAGGAAAAAUUAAAACAUGGAAAAAACGAUGGUUUGUUUUUGACAGAAACAAGAGAACUUUUACUUAUUAUGCAGACAAACAUGAAACUAAAUUAAAAGGUGUAAUAUAUUUUCAAGCUAUUGAAGAAGUCUAUUAUGAUCAUCUAAAGAAUGCAUAUAAGAGUCCCAACCCGUUGCUCACUUUCAGUGUUAAGACACAUGACCGGAUAUACUAUAUGGUUGCUCCUUCGCCAGAAGCCAUGAGGAUAUGGAUGGAUGUUAUUGUUACAGGCGCAGAAGGCUACACCCACUUCAUGUUAUAAUAAAAGGGGGCCAUAGGGCAUACUGCAAUAACGUAACAUAUGAAGUUAGCCAUAUGUAGUGAAAUCUGAAAAGCCAGUGAAUACUCUGAAAUGUCCUCCUUAUGAUGUGCACCCGAAACCUCAGAAUGAGAGGGGUUUACAAAUGCAUUGAAAAGGAGGGGUUGUUACUUGUUUUAGUUGAUCUUUAUAGGAAUGAAAGAGCUAAAGCUGUUGAGAGAAUCGUAGUGCUCCAAAAUGGAUAAUCAGGCAAUUUUAAUUACAGCAUCUUGAUUUAAUGAUAACUUUCAAUAAAUUCUCUUAUAUGGAGAAUGUCUUCAUAAACUCAUACUAAACAGUUUACAAAUGUGUGUGUUCUCAUCAGUAUGCAAAAAUUCUAGUAAUGGAACAAAAAGGUGUAAUAAGCAUAUAUUUUAAUAUGCAGCAUUUGACAUUUAUAGAUGAUUAGGUGACUUUUUAAAACUUUUAGUCAAGUAUUUUAUAAAAGUAUAAACAAAAAAGCAACCCUAAGGUACACACAGUUUUUGCCUUAGUAGUUAAGUAUUACAACAGAGCCAAAGAGUUAUAAGAUUCCCUUAUCACAAUGUUUUCAUAUUGUUAGUUGUACCUAACUUUCUGUGAGGGGACAGUGCCAAAACUCUUCAUGACUUUUAAUGUAAUUGAAUUGUUACGAUAUUGCGUGUGUUCAAACACUCAGUGACACCAACUGUAUGUUCAGACUGUAUGCAUCUAUGGAGCUCAACAAAAAGAGAGGAUAGCUUUAUAAAGAUGCAUUUUUCCACAAGGAUAUGAAAUGGAAACACAUGUAUUAACUUCCUCAUAAGGAGGGGUUUUUUUUAAUCUUCCCUGUUGGAUAGAAUGAGCUGAUUCUAGACCCUACAGCAAUUUUCUUUUAUGUAGUAAGGUCCCAGCGUGGUUGUAACCUUACUCUGUGCCAAGUGAUUGCUCUACUGAAAUCUCUCAAACAUUGGUCCCCUUGAAGCCAGCAUCAAAAUCUCUACGUAUCUAAAUUCUUUGGAGCCAAGUUUUCAGCCCCAUAGAGUUUUUUUAAAAUGCAUAUCUGCACAGAAUAAUGCUGUCAAAUAGAAUAAAAAGAGAGAGGCAAGUUCAAAGAGUUUACACUAAGCAGUGUAUGAAUAAAAAACCCUGAAAAUUUUAAGAAGCAGAGACUGAGAUUCCUAAAUCAACAAAAAAAUACUGAGGGUGCAGUGGUUUCCCAUUUUAAAAUCGCUUCCAAGUCCCUGAGUAAUAUUGCAAAAACCUAAAUUAUUUAACUGAACUGAACUUCAAGAAAGUCUCUUACAAUUUGACUUUAAAGAGGUUCUAUUUCAGUAAUCAAAACUUAUGUGCUAUGUGGUUCGUGUAGUAGGAGCAAGCACAUAAGCCUUUUUUUUCCUUGAUGAAAAGUUAAUGGCUUUUGAUGGAACAAAUAGAAAACUGAAAGCAGAAUAGAAGUAUGCUGGCAGAAUAUUUUUGUUAUACUUUUUAACGCUGUAUCUGUAAUGAACGGGUUGAAUUUUUUGUGGUAUACACAGGUGAUACGGUUGCUCUAGCACGACAAACAUCAGUUUCGACUUGAAUCAUGAAAGGGACUGCUACCGCAAGAUAAUUGUUAUCAUCUGUGCAGAUCACAGCUUGUAAUCUAAUGAUUUAAAACCCUAUCAGAAAUAAAUUGCUUUGGUUUAUAUAA